CGCUUUCAGUAGACAGACACAGAAUCAGAUCAAACAAAAGCAAGAGAUGGGAAGCUCAUCGCUCUACUUUUUUCGAUAUCAUUACUUGGUAAUAGCAACGUACUUUUACCUCGUACUCACUGGCAACGCGAUCGAUGCGCUCGGAAUCUGAUUUCGAGAUAAGACUCUACCUUGAGUCCUCGUGGAUGUCUGCCCUCGUCCGAGGAGCAACCUCCUUCGACGAGUCCACCAAAGAUGGCUUUCACAGGUUGUAUCAAUACCUUAAGGGUGGUAACCUCAACCAUUCUCGGAUUACAAUGACUGCUCCAGUCUUAACAAGCAUCAACUCAUCGUCAUCGUCGUCGUCAUCAUCAUCGCCAUCAUCCCGCGGUUCUGACUACUUUGUAAGGUAUUAUGUCCCCACUAAAUAUGUGGGAAACCCUCCAAAGCCCAAUCCUGAGCUGAAUUUGCAGUUUGACAAGUGGAGAAGUCAUUGCAUAGCAGUUAGAAAGUUUACUGGGUUUGCUAAGGAUGAUAAUACUAAAAAGGAAAGUGAAGCUCUUGGGAACAGCCUAAACAAGUACUUGACUGGAAUUAAUGGAGCAGUAUUGGUAGAUAAAAGUUCCUACUCAGUUGCCCAAUACAAUGCUUCACGUCACCUUUCUGAUCGCCUAAAUGAAGUGUGGAUCGAUGUUUCUGGUUUUGCUGCAGAGGGAUGUCCACGCUAUCAAGGGAAAUAAUAUUGAUUUUGCUUGUUGGGCGAUGGAUGACAGAAUCUACCAUGGAUUGUAGGAUUCUGGGUACGUAUAAUAAAACAGUUUGCUUUUAAUGCAUAUAUGGCCCUUCAUUCAUCAUAUGCAUCUCAGAAAAUGAGAUCCAGGAACAGGAUUUUAUAGCUUGUCAAGAUGACU